AUGAACUUGGAAUUCAAUCAGACUAGAGUGGAAAACACUGCUAAAGAUAUGGCUGGUACAAGAAUCCCAUUGGAACGGACGGUAUCGACACCUGUGUGUACUCGAAGAAAUAAUAAUACUAGUGCAAUGGCUACAAGAACUGCUAGAAAUAAGUUGUUGUUACCAGGUGUACAUCCACAGAUGUUGAUGAGAGCUCCUUAUCAGAGUGGGAAUUUACUUUAUAAUAAGAGAAAUGGUAUUUCGAUGAGGUUAUCAUCAUUAGAUGUUUUAUUAGCUCGUCCAAACUCUAGAGUUUCUUCUCUAACACAACAUGCAAUACUCCCCACUACACAACAUAUGAGUUCAAUCAAAGAAGAUGUGACUAACACAACCAAAAAUAUCCCACGACAUUCUCCGAUGUUAAAUAUCCCUAUUCAUACCUCUACUGAUGAUAUAUUGUCACUUUCACUCUCACCUUCUACAAAUUCGAACUCCAACUCUGUAUUUUCUAAUGAAUCCCCAAACUCGUCCAUAGAAGAUCUACAUUUGCAUUUGAAUUUGGAUCCGUUAAACAUUCAAAAGACUAGACAGAAACAAACAAAGAUAACAACUCCUACAUCGGUAUCGGAGAAGGCAGCAUUAUUUGAGAGAUUGAUAUCUCAAGUGGAUUCUUCUCCAACUUUAGAUACACCUACUAUAUCAACAAAUCUUUCAUCGGUAAAAAAAAAGUGUCUCAACGAUAUUUAA